CAGAACAACUCUCUCCCAAUCAAAUUCCACGAGAAUUUCAUGUCCGUGCAUUCCCUCCACCCUCGAUCAUUUCAAUUUCGAUUCAAAGAAAAACAAAAACUCAAAAAAUAUUGCAAAAAUAUUUCCUGUCCGUGCAUUCUCCUCCCUCUUCGCAUCUUUCUCUAUCUAAUUUUCUUCAAACCAUUAUUGUUUCCUUUCCUUCAAUGUUUUCUCUUUUUUUUUCUUUUCUGAAAGCUUAGCCAUGGAAAAGAAUCACAUGCCUGAAAAGUCAUCAAGUUUUAAUAAAGGAGACGACAACGGCAAGAACUCCGUAGUCGGCGACACAUUUCCGGGGACAGAGUCACCAAAGUGUUCUAACGAAGAAAAGUCAGCUGCAGCUGAGAUAACAGAGGUAGAGAUAGAGAAACCAGAGGAAUUGAAGGCUGGACAAACUGAAAUUGAAGAGAUUGAAAAGCCUGAAGAGAAACAAAAAGAAGGAGGUGAACUAGGAGAACCUACUUCUCCACCUGAAAUCGAAUAUACCCUGGAAACAGCCUCGGAAGAUAUUGAACGUUUCUUGUCAAAUAUCUGCACCUCAAAGGAGGAGGAGGUUGGGGCAGGUUUGGAGAUUCCAGAGUUUAUUGAGAAGUAUUUGGAUCUUGUCGAAGAGAAAAUAUCUAAGCUUGAAUCGCCUGAAACAAAAGUGAAGGGGUGUCAGCUUCCUGAGGAUGAUGCGUCGUUUCUUAAAGCUGUGGACCAGAUAUCAAAGCUGUAUACAAAUCUAUCUACAGUCUUUAAAUUGGAUUCCAAUCACGGUCCUUUGAUCGACCGCAUUUGUCGGAUUCAGCAGCGAGCUAUGUCUUAUUUGGAGGAUGAAUUCAGGUCUCUAUUGGAAGAGUCAAGAACCGUGGAACCUUAUCAGAAACAGGAGGUUGGAGAUGAACCCGGUCAAGAUCAAUCCGCUGAAUCAAAUGAAGAAUCCAACUUUCCAGGGUACUCUCUGGAAGUUUUGGCCAACUUGAAUAAAAUUGCCAUGAAGAUGAUCUCCGGAGGAUAUGAAUCUGAAUGCUGUGAGGCUUACAUGAUCACCAGGAGGAAUAUAAUUGAGAAGACCUUGAGAAAUCUAGGAUUCGAGAAGAUUAGCAUUGAUGAGGUUCAAAAGAUGCAAUGGGAAUCAUUGGAAAGGGAGAUUCCUCCAUGGAUCAAGGCCUUCAAACAUUGUGCCAAUGUGUACUUCUCUGGAGAGCGCAAGCUCGCUGAUACUAUCUUCUCUGGCUAUCCUUCCUUAUCUGACAGCCUUUUCAGCAACCUUACACGAGGCGUGUUCAUUGAACUUCUCAAUUUCGCAGAAGCUGUCGCCAUUAGCAAGCGUUCCACGGAGAAACUCUUCAAAUUUCUUGACAUGUAUGAGACCUUGCGUGAUAAUCUUUCCGCUACUGUUAGUGUGUUCUCUGAAGAAUGCGUCAAGGAGCUCAAGGCCGAAACAUCAACGGCUCGUUGUCGGAUUGGUGAGACUGUAAUUUGCAUAUUUUGUGAUCUUGAGAAUUCAAUCAUGUCUGAUACAGGGAAAACCCCAGUUCCUGCUGGGGCUGUUCAUCCUUUGACUCGCUACACGAUGAAUUAUCUCAAAUAUGCAUGUGAUGAGUAUAAGGGUACCCUAGAGCAAGUUUUUAAGGAGCAUGCUAAGAUUGAAAGAGCUGAUUCAACAAGCAGGCCCCGGGAUUACGAAGGUGACUCACAAAACUACAACAAUGAUGAAGAAAAUCACUCCCCAUUUUCGGGGCAGUUGAUGAGAAUCAUGGAUUUGUUGGAUUCGAUUCUUGAGGCCAAGUCCAAGCUUUACAAGGACGUUUCCUUGAGCUGCAUUUUCAUGAUGAACAAUGGACGUUACAUAUUGCAGAAGAUCAAAGGAUCAGCGGAGACCCGUCAAGCGAUGGGAGAUACCUGGUGCCGCAAGAGAUCAUCUUAUCUUAGGAACUACCAUCAGACUUAUAAGAGAGAGACUUGGAUGAAGCUUUUGGGUUGUUUAAACCUUGAGGGAUUGAAUGUGAACGGGAAGGUGGCGAAACCAGUACUUAAAGAGAGGUUCAAGAGCUUUAAUGCCAUGUUUGAAGAAAUUCACAAGACUCAAAGCUCGUGGGUGGUGUCCGAUAAGCAACUGCAAUCAGAGCUAAGGGUUUCCAUAUCAGCAAUUGUGAUACCAGCCUAUAGAUCAUUCUUGGGAAGGUUCUCUGGAUACUUGGAUCCUGGAAGACAAACAGAGAAGUACAUAAAGUUCCAGCCUGAAGAUAUAGAGACUUACAUUGAUGAACUAUUUGAUGGAAACCCUACUUCAACGACAAAGAGGAAAACAUAA